AUGGGUAACUAUUUUUCAUGAAUUUACAGGUUCAAAUUGGGAUUAUUAAGGUUAUUUAUCAUAUUUAAAUUAGGUUGGCUUUUCUAUAAGGUAUAUGGUGGCCCAAUUACCCGAUGUGGUGAUACAAAUAUAUUUGGAGGAUAUGGAGCUUUCGCAAAAUAAACCUUAAUUUCUUCAAAAUUUACACUUCCACCUCAUUAUUCACUAAGAAUAUCAUUUGAUUUAUGGAAGUAUUAUAUUUAUUGAUAUUUAGGGUUGAUAGUUGGGAUGGUGAAAUUGUAAAAAUAGUAUUUGAUAGUGAAAUUAAUUAAAGAUCAUUUAUCUUAGAAGAUGGACAAUAAAUUUGUGGGCAUAUUCAUGAAAUUUAUUUAGAAUAUAAUAUCCCAUUUAGUAUCACGAUACCAAUACACAAUUCCUAAACUUUAGUUGUCAUAAUGACUUCAACUUUGGAUUCGAGUCCUCUAGAUGUAUAAAAAUUAUAUAAUUUUAGGAAUCAUGGGGAUUUAAAGAUUUCAAAAUAGAGAUAUUAUAAUGUCCUAAAGAUUGUGUAUUUUGUAGAGAUUAAACAUCAUGCUACUUUUGGAUAAAUGUUGAAUCAUAUUGGAAUAGCUAAAUUAAUUCUGAAGGAUGGAUGAUUAACGGAAAUAUACCACUUACUUCAAGUGAAUGCAAUUUAAUGUGGAUUGCAGGUAUUCUACAAAAAGGAUAAAGAAUAGAGAAAAUCAUAGAUCUUUUAUCUCCUCAUUUUAGGGUUUAGAUAUCAUUCAAGUUGUGGACUAUAGGUGAAUGGUCAAAUGAAUUAUUUAAAUUGGAGAUUGAUGAUGAAGAGAAAUAUUCAAUCCUAAUUACUUCUGACAAUUUUAUUUACAGUUAAUGUUAAGCACAAAAAGUUAGGAUCACUAAUAUAGAUGUAAGUUCAUUACAUAAAUCUACUUAAAUAAAAUUAUUAAUGAAAACAGAAAAAUAUAUAAAUGAUGUAGCAGGUUGGGGACUUUCAUAAUUUGAUUUGUUUGUAGCUAUAUGCUCAUAUAAUUGUAAAGAAUGCUAUGGAGAAUUAAAAUCAUAAUGCAGUAUUUGCAGAGAUGGAUGGAUAAUGGUAGAUAUUGGAUGCAUUGGUAUAUAUUUUUUAUAAUAAAUAAGCUCCACCUUUAGAAUGCUCUUAAAUUAGAAUUACUGAAUAUUAAAAUACAUAAGUAGAUCUCAUGACUUCAUUUCGAAUAAGAAGUGAUGAAAUAGCUCAAAAUAUCUCAGAGAUUGGAUAAAAAACAAUAAUUCUCAAUAAAUAAAUAGCCUCUAUAAAUUUUUAAAUUUAAGUUAAAUGCUUAGAAAAAUAGAUAGUUAAAAGCUUUUUCAGAAGUUGCUAUUCAUGUGAUUAGGAAUAAUAUAAAUUUUCAAAUUAAUGUCAAAAUAAUGUAAUAAUUUAUCAUCCAACAUUUCUUUAAGAGUAAAUAGAUGAAAAAGAAUUAAUAAUAACUAUCUCUUAAUAAUAAUUGCAAAUUGUUUAAGUAGCAACAAUUGAAGAAACUAAAAGAUAAUUUUUAAUUCUAGAAAUUGAAAUAUGA